AUGGAUGGUGCAAGGUGGGAAAAUGUGAGGGUCUCCACUACGGAAGGAGGAGGGGCACAGCAACAAAGAGAUGACAGCGUGCAAAUUGAUCUGAAGGUCCUGGAGUAUGAAACAGAGAAAAUUGCUGGCGCCAAUGGCCCGUUCUCCAUCAGACGCCGCUGGGGUGGGAUCCCCAGUGGAGUGGACGCAGUGAUGAUCGGCAAACUCCAGAUGGUGCCGAAGCAAAAGCAGAAGGGGCGGGGGAGGGGCCGGGGGCGAGGCGAGCACCACAAGAAUCGACGGCCCAAGGAUCGGCACAGGAAGGACUCGUCCAGCGAGGAGGACGAUUCCAACAACUUCAGGCCCCAUCAUAGUAUCUACUUCUUUGUCAGAGAUAAAUAUUACCUCGUCGACCUUACCUCCAAGCGGGUGGACAUUGCUGGGCCCCGAUCCAUCACCAAGUACUGGUUCAAGUGCGAGGUCGAGUGAAAUUAAGCUGACUAUGGACAGGACCAUCACCGGCAGAGACGGGCUGCCCAUCGCCAUUCUCGGAUCUUCCGUGCAGGCCCACACCACUGGGAACCAGGAAUGAGGAAAUAAAACCGGAAUAACCU